UAAAUUGUUAGCUUCUGCAUUCAGACACCAAUUUCGAGUUUACUUUCCAUCUUGCAUGAAGCCAGUGACAGUAUGGUCACAUCGUGUGUAGCUGUUGUGCUAUGUGCACUAGCAGUUGUCGCUGUCGAUAGACUGCAUCCACUCUCUGAUGAAUAUAUACAAGAGAUUAAUUUGAAGCAAAACUCUUGGAAAGCCGGCAGAAACUUUAGACCUGAUACCCCUAUGUCCUACAUUAAGAAUCUACUGGGUGCACGCAGGGGUGAAAAGAAAAAUUUACCAAUAAUGAAAUAUGACGCCGAACUUAUUGCAAAUCUUCCGGUGAGCUUCCACCCGAGUGACAAAUGGCCAAACUGUCCUUCCUUAAACGAGAUCAGAGACCAAGGAUCGUGCGGCAGCUGUUGGGCGUUUGGUGCUGUAGAAGCCAUGACCGACCGGUACUGUAUACACUCCAAUCAGACAUUAAAUUUCCAUUUUUCUGCUCAAGACCUUCUGACUUGUUGUGAUAAUUGUGGUUCAUGUCUCGGCGGAGGUUUAUUGGAGAGAGCUUGGCGCUACUGGAAGGACAAUGGUAUUGUAUCAGGAGGAAGUUACAACUCAAGUUUGGGUUGUCAGCCAUACGGAAUCGCUCCCUGUAAACACAGCGAACAAGAUCCGUUGCCCCCCUGUGGUGAAGGAUACUACACUCCACAGUGCGAAACGUCUUGUGAAUCUGGUUACGACUCAGAUUACCAAACGGACAAACGCCACGGUAAAGAAGUUUAUACGUUAAGAUCUAACGAGGAUGAUAUAAAAGCUGAACUAUUCAAAAAUGGUCCUGUUGAAGCUAGCUUUGGUGUAUACUCAGAUUUUCUUCAUUAUAAGCAUGGAGUUUAUGUAAAAUUACCAAACGCCACACAUCUUGGAGGACACGCUAUUAAAAUAUUAGGUUGGGGAGUAGAGAAUGGACAGAAAUAUUGGCUUGCUGCUAACUCUUGGAAUACAUACUGGGGUGAUAAAGGAUUCUUUAAAAUACUACGCGGAGUAAACCACUGCGGUAUAGAAAAUGAAGUAGUAGCAGGUAUACCCCUAAUACUAAAUGAAUAACUAGCAUGAUUGUUUUAACAAUAAACAAAUAGGCAUGUU